GGCAUUAGGAUGGUAAUACCUUAAUAGUAAUAACCAGUAGUCAGUACUCAGUGGGGGAAUUAUAAAUUCAACGAAUUUGCUUGUUUGUUUUGUUUUUUUCCCAAUCAAGGGGAAAUAAAUCAUAAAAUCUUCUUACCUAUUUUCAAGUUCUAUUUACCUCCUUAUUUUGACCUAUACGACCACAGACUGGCACAGUUUGGAGAUAAAGUUUAACUUUUGUAAGGGAAACUUCCAUAAAAUAAAAUGUCGACAGAGCCUGUGAUUAACAAUACAGACAGAUGGAUAGAGGAAAACAAGAAAUUCUUCUUGCCACCAGUGUGCAACAAAAUGAUGCACAAUGAUGGACAGAUGAAAUCAUUUUAUGUGGGCGGGCCUAAUCAGAGGAAGGAUUAUCACAUAGAGGAAGGGGAGGAGUUGUUUUACAUGGUUAAAGGGGACAUGUGUUUAAAAGUUGUUGAGCGAGGGAUUCACAAAGAUAUUCCAAUCAAAGAAGGAGAGAUUUUCUUGUUACCUGGAAGUAUUGCCCACUCCCCACAGAGACAGGCAGACACAGUUGGUUUAGUAAUAGAAAGAGAGAGAGCAGAGGAUGAAAAAGAUGGUCUCAGAUAUUUUAUUGAAGUAGACGGUAAACCAACACUAGAUUCCCUGUACGAGGAAUGGUUCCAUUGUGAAGAUCUUGGUACCCAGCUGCCACCAGUCAUUAAAAGGUACUUUGCCUCAGAACAGCAUAAAACUGGAAAACCUUUACCAGGCACCAUCCCUGAAAACCCACCAGUGAAAUUGAACUUUAACCUGACUUUACAGAACCCUUUUCCUCUAGCGCAGUUUAUCAAAGAUAACAGAUCUAAGAUAGAUAGCGCUGGUUUCAUCAAAUUGUUUGAAAGAGAUGAUUAUACUCAUCAAUUCCAGGUCUAUGUAUAUGGAAAAGGAGAAAACACAGCCAAGAUUGAUGUCGCUGAAACUUUCAUCUGGGUUUUG